AUGGCUCGUGCUUUUGGUGGUACUUUAUAUGCUCCACGCUAUGUAAAUACAAAAGUUGAAUAUAUCACCCAUCCAAAGACAGUCAACAGUUCCUGGCCUGAUGGACUCCUCUUCAAAUACGACGUGCAGACAACUCCUUCGAAGCAACAGCCAAUAGAUAGGUGCGACGUCUGGAGACAGAUGAUGUCGUCAUUCCAGCGUACUAACGCGCAUAUUGGAGGUGGAUCACUCCGAAUAGCUGACGACAGCGAGCAGCUUAAUCCAUGCCGCCUCGAGGAACCUAUAGGCGAAUGUGGCGGUCAAAGCUGUAAAGAGGCGCUGGGAGAGAUUUGUUUGGCUGGAUCUGUGUGUGGGUGCCCAGUUGGCAUGCGACGAGCAGCUUCCACAGACGUUUGCCGAGCUGUAGAGACAUGGAAUGUGCCUCUUUGGGUUAUUCGUAAGGAGAACAAGAAUCUCGUCUACAACGAUUCGUUUGCCAAUCCGAUGGACACGGUGUACAAGGUGGGUUUAAGCUCAACUAUAACCUCCACAAUGGUAUAG